AUGCGUCGCAUUCCUACCCAACCAAGACCUAAUGUCAUUCGACUCGUGAAAAGCCAAGGCCUGGUAUACGCUGACUAUAAGGCAUACGAAGACCCAGACCCUUAUUGGCCGGACAAUCGGUAUUACUCCUUCACGUCGGAGGAAAUCGACCUUCUCGAGCAGGCCUCCAAAGAUGUGUUUGAUAUGUGCUGUGAAGCAGCCGAUUAUCUGGUAGAUCAUCCUGAUGUAAUGGUUGGCAAGAUGGCCAUACCUCCGUUCACGCUGAAGCACAUCACCGAGUCUUGGAAUCGCGAGCCUGCCUGGGGAAGCAUCUAUGGGCGCUUUGACGUUUGCUUUGGCGGUCUAAGCCAUCCGGAUGAGCGACUACGUACGCCAAAAUUUUAUGAGUUUAAUGCUGAUACUCCGACCACAAUCGUAGAGUCAGCAUCUAUUCAAUGGCUUUGGCUACAGCAAACCGGAUUGGGAAACGAUCAAUAUAACAGCAUAACCGAGUGCCUUGUGGCGGGAUGGAAGAGAAAUCUUGAGCUCAUUGGUAAUGAACUCGGCCACAAGCCAAUUGUCUAUUUUGCAGCCUGCAAAGAACCGAGCGGCGAAGAUGUUAUGAAUACUCUUCUUCUGGCGGAAACAUGCAGAGAGGCAGGCUGGGAGACCAAAAACAUCACGAUGGAAGAAGUGUGCCUAAGUAAACACGAUGGGCGAUUCUAUGAUACAGAUGGCCAACACAUCGACGUCAUUUUCAAACUGUAUCCUUGGGAAUACAUGAUAGAGGAGCCAUUCGCAGAAGCAUGUUUCAAGGAUAUGGAUAAUAUUGGUAAGUGUGACGAAGCCGGGAAUUAUAUUGGCGGAACGGUCUGGAUCGAGGCACCGUACAAAAUGUUAUGGAGCAACAAGGCUCUCUUCGCCAUUCUCUGGGAUCUUUUCAAAGAUGAUCCGCGUUCCAAAUGGCUUCUUCCAACAUACUUUGACGGAGAAGCGCCAGAGUCGUUAAGCAGCGUCGCGCGAAAACCUCUAUUUGCGCGCGAGGGCUGUGAUAUAACGCUGAAGAAGGACGGCGAGGUCAUAGACGAACACCCCGUAGGAGACUACGGGGCCGAGGGAUAUAUUAUCCAGGAGCUUGCGGUGCCGCCUAAUUUUGAAGACGAAAAUGGCGUGUCUCACUAUGCCGUGAUCGGGCUUUGGUUUGUGGAUGGCGAGCCAGCGGGGAUGUCGACUCGCGAAGACUACCAGCCUAUUACGACUGACACGUCACAGUUCAUUCCACACUCCAUCUCAGAUGGUCCGGUCACUUACGACCGAGAAGAUGUUCCCACAGCAAAUGAUAUUGAGGACUCGCUCAGAUGCGACGCUUAUAUGGAUCCCAUGGCAAAAGUGGAAAUGAGCGACAUUCUGGAGUACAUACAACGGCUUGCCAUCUAG